UUUGUCGGUCAAAGGGAAAAGAAAGAAGGUGAAUUUGAUACUUACUCGUCACUCAGUCACUCACUCGGCCCGAUGAUCCACUACUGUCGCUAAGUAUCGAAGAAGAAAAACAAAACAAAAAAAGCUCCAACUGCGUUAAACUUUGCGGGUCAAACUAUUGAUUCUCCCCUUUUCACUUCAGUACAAUUUCCCGGUAACCCCUCCCAUUAGAUCACCGGAAAUAAAUAACCCACCUCCAAUUCGACCGGAACCUGUCGCGAUCGGAGCCAUGUGAAAAAGCCGACGGAUCGCAUUUCUAAGUCAAAAAAAUAAAGAAGAGAAAAUGUCGCAUCAGCAAAUAAACAGCAAUAGUAGCAAUAUUCCGGUGAGCGAGAGGUAUUGGACUUUAGUGGAUAAAGCUGAUAAGAAGUUUUCUAAGAUCAGAGACUUGCCUUACUAUGAGCGCAAUAGGUAUGAUACGUACUUUUACAAGGUAUUCAAGGUCUACACCCAGUUGUGGAAGUUUCAACAGGAAAAUCGGCAGAAGCUAGUGGAAGCAGGGCUUAAGAGAUGGGAGAUUGGAGAGAUUGCCUCUCGAAUUGCUCAGCUUUAUUACGGACAAUAUAUGCGAACAAGUGAAGUGAAUUAUUUGUCUGAGGCAUUUAUCUUCUAUGAAGCUAUAUUGACGAGGGAGUAUUUCAAAGAGGGAUCAUGUCAGGAUGCCAAUCUUGCGAACAAACAAUUGAGGUUUCUAGCUAGAUUUUUGAUGGUGUGUUUGGUUUUGAACCGGAGAGAAAUGGUGCAUCAAUUAGUUAGUCAGCUGAAGAUGUUGGUUGAUGAAUGCAAGAGGACUUUCCAGGACACUGACUUUAAAGAAUGGAAGCUGGUGGUUCAGGAGAUAGUUAGAUUUUUGAAAGCCGACACCGUUUUUAUGAAUAUCAGGCCUUUAAGGUAUAGUCUUGUACUGGACCCCCAUCCAGAUGUUCUACCUCAUGUUGCUGCACCUGUUGCAAGAAAGAAUUUAAGAUUGCGAGAUGCGGUACUGAGCAGCUACCAUCAUAACGAGAUCAAAUUUUCAGAGCUCACUCUUGACACCUUCAGGAUGCUUCAGUGCCUGGAAUGGGAGCCCAGUGGUUCUUUCUACCAGUCCAGUGUUGGUAAAAGUGGUCAGAAUGGAGCCUUAGGAUCUAGUCGCGUUAACCACUCCCAAGAUAUUUCCGAUCCUACUCUGCCACCCAACCCAAGAAAAGCUGUAUUAUAUCGUCCAUCUCUAACACAUUUUAUAGCAGUUUUGGCAACUAUCUGUGAGGAGCUCCCCCCUGAUGGUGUUCUCUUGAUAUAUUUGUCAGCUUCAGGAGCAAGUGGACAUGCGUCGUCUCCCUCAGGUUCUGGAACCUUUAUCAACACAACAGAAAAUAUUAUAAGGGACUUUCAGUCUCAUACAAUUCACUCGGAUGGAACCUCCACUUCAUCUUUUAGCUCACCAAGUGAUAGCCCAAACCCUUCUGCAAGUCAAAAUAAAGGAGAUUGCAUCAGUUACCACAAUGGUUGUUUGCAGUUUGGUAAUCGUGGGAGUGGAGGAUUGAACUGCAUUUACCCCAGUGACUUAAUUCCAUUUACUAGAAGGCCACUCUUUAUAAUAAUUGAAAGUGAGGCCAGUGAGGUGUUUAAGGCUAUUAGUGGAGCUGAGAAAGGAGAACGAGCUGCAUUGCUUCUAUCUCCUAGCUGUUCGUAUCGAAUUUGUGCUGGUGAUUCCUCUCGUCACUCAAUUGGUAGCUUAUUCACAGUUUUUCUAACAGCUCCACUGCAGGCUUUCUGUCUGUUGCUUGGUAUUUCUGGCUCUGAUGUUGAAAUGGAGACAUAUAAAAAUGCUGAAAGCCUGCUUUCUUCAUCCUUAAAUGACUGGGGCUUGUCAUUGGCAACAUCAGAUAACCUUGAUCCUGUCUGGGCACAGAUUCUUAGAGAUCCAUUCCUCCGUCGAUUUCUUCUGAGAUUUAUUUUUUGUCGGGUGGUAUUGACAUUGUUUGUGCAAACCUACAACAAGAAGGAAUUCCAACCUGAUUGUAUGCCAGCUCUUCCAGAAUCUGUUUCACCGACGACGACUGCAUCUCAAACUGUAGUUCUGCAGCUGGCUAAACUGUUCCGUGCAACCAAACGUUUUACUUUCACAGAAGCAAUUUCACUUCCUGAUCAUGGAAACAGCGAUAUGGAAUCUUGAAUUAUUUUUGCUUUAAAAUUAGGUUCUUGAUAAGUGUAAAAAUAUGUGAAUUUCCGUUUGUUUGAUUUGAAAGCCGAGUGUUUGCAGCUUGAAUCGUUCAGUGCAUGGUUUUUCCUAUGAUUUGUGUCUGCUUUAUGUAUGUAAAAAUAGAUUUGGCAAAGACGUUUGUUUGUUCUGUAAUGACGAAAAGGUCCAUUCUGAAAGCUGGGCAGCUAUUGCGUUGCUUGGUUUAUAAUGAAAAAAGGUUGAAAUUUAAUAGUCAAAA